AUGGCGAUAACUCUGGCCCGAGAAUGGGACUCAAACCAGGCCCAGGCUGGUUCUCAUAAAGCGACGAGAGCACAGGCCCCACCCCAAUAUCCGCAGGACGCGACUAUUGUAAGAUCAGAUGCAGCUUGGUCCCCCCUUGGUACGAUGGCGGGGCUGGGAUGGGUGCUCCUCUCACCCUCUUCCCAGCGGCCUUUCCACAAACGGGUGGCUGUGGUGAACUCGGCCCUCAUGGCAGAGGGCUUAGCUCUACUUGAGGCCGUUAAAUCAGGGACAAGUGAGCAUCUGAAGAUGGUGGUGUUGGAGUCAGACUCUGUCCAUUUGAUCAGGUCCUUGAAGACCGGCUCUUGCAUACCAGAGCUCUAUGGAGUGGCUGCAGAUAUCUUAUCCUUUGCAUAUGUCUAA